AUGACAAUCAAGGAAAUUUAUAUUGCCAGACAUGGGUACCGUAUGAACUGGCUACCACCACCACAUCCACCUAACCCCACAGGUGUUCCCAGCGACCCACCAUUGGCACCUCAUGGUGUUGAUCAAGCCAAAGAGUUGGCAGCAUUCUUGUCAUCACUACCCACCAAAGACCAGCCGCAGUUCAUCAUGACCUCCCCGUUUUAUAGAUGUGUUGAGACUGCUCAACCUAUUGCCCAAACUUUGGAUUUGAAAGUCCAUUUGGAUAGGGGUGUAGGCGAAUGGUUCAAAAAGGGCAGGAAGAUUGUGCCUGAGCCAGCUGAUUAUGGUGACUUGACAAAAUUUUUCAGCCAAGUGUUGGAUAAAGAAGAAGUUUGGCCAAGGGAUAGAUUGGGGGUUGUGCCUAAUCUUGAAGGUGAAACUGGUGAAGAAAUUUAUUCCAGAGCUACGCAAUUUUGGCACAAGUUUAUCCCCAUUUUCGAAAAAGAGUAUCCUGACAUUGAAAACAUCUUGAUUGUGACCCAUGCCGCAACAAAGAUUGCCUUGGGAAGUGUCUUGUUGAAGUUGGGAUCGGUCACUAGUCCCAUUGAUGGAGAAGAAACCAUGUUGCGUGCUGGUGCUUGUUCACUUUCGAAAUAUGUGCGGAUUACUGAUGAUGCCAACGACUUUGAUUGGAAGCUUGUCAUGAAUGGUAAUUGCGAGUUUUUGACGAAGGGAGAAGAGAUGAAUUGGGAUUUCACAACUGGUGUUGAGGCUGGGUCUGCUGAGGAUAUUGCUAGGAGGAAGAAAGAAGCAGAAGCAAAGGAAAAACAGCAGCAACUGCAACUGCAAGAAGAGGGACCACGUGGCGGAAAUGGCAAGAAAUCUAGCACUGGGUUAGAAGGAGAGGUUCCUGUGACAGAGGCGGCUACUGGUGUCAGUGAAACCGACAAUAUGGAUGAAUAUGAGACAUUUUACAUAACGGUGGAUUUGCCAAAUGUACCGAAAAGGAUAGACGAAGAGGAUUUCACCAUUGAUAGAAGCAAGACUAGGAAAACGCCACGAUUCAAGCACAAUGUGUUGAAACCAUCUGCACGUUUGCAAAUGACUAGUUUAGGCGAUGAAUCGCCCUUGGUCAAGAUAUCAAACAAUACGUCCAAUACACCAAAUGCAUCCCAUGGUGUUGCUGUUGUAGCUAGAGACAUAUCCCAUCAAUCAACAGCAACAACAGUAACAGGUACCUCGGAAGGAAGGAGCAGCAAAGCUGGCAAACAAAACAAUUCAAUUAUUGAUGCUUCUACAUUAAUCGAUGGACGAAUUUUCGAAACUAACUGGCAUAAAUUGACUGGAUCUGAAUUGAUUUUUGAUGACUAUGGUGAAUUGAUUGGGCGAGUAAAGGAACAUUUGACAUGCAAUGAUAAAGUAAAAUUCACUCCUAUCAAAAAAACGCUGUAUAACGAUGGUGUGCUGGUUGACUUUGUUGAUUUCGAAGAGGAGGACCCCAUUGGUGAUGAUUCUACCGUUAAGAAAUCUGACAGAAACUCCAACCUGAAACCAAGUCCAUUUUUGAGAAACGCAAUUAAGGUUGCAAAAAGAAAAGAGUAUUCCUAG